AGUGCUUUUGAGUACUUUACUUACGAACUUUACUUACCGGCAACCGUCGUUCUUUUGGCGGCGUUAGACAACUUUCCAGGCAGUUUUUGGACUUGAUCUAGCACUAAAUAGCCUGUUGGCUAGAUGACCCAAAACACUUUAACGUAGAGGAGAAGAAAUCCAAAACCUCGCAGGGGAAAAUAAAUCCCUGACAAACAAGUUCAAAUUUGGGCUUAGACGCUUUUCCUUCUUUAGGGUUUCGAGAUUUUAUCAGAAUGAGCCGGGGUACAGGAGCUGGGUAUGAUCGACAUAUUACUAUAUUUUCACCAGAAGGUCGACUGUACCAAGUCGAAUAUGCAUUUAAAGCUGUCAAGGCCGCAGGUAUUACAUCCAUUGGUGUUCGUGGUCAGGAUUCAGUUUGUGUUGUAACUCAGAAAAAAGUACCGGACAAGCUUCUUGACCAGACUAGUGUUACCCAUCUUUUUCCAAUUACAAAAUUUAUUGGUUUGUUGGCAACUGGAAUGACAGCUGAUGCAAGGUCAUUGGUCCAGCAUGCACGGAAUGAGGCUGCAGAAUUUCGUUUCAAAUGGGGCUAUGAAAUGCCUAUAGAUGUCUUAGCAAAACGGCUUGCAGAUAAGUCUCAAGUGUAUACACAACAUGCGUACAUGAGACCUCUGGGAGUAGCGGCCAUAGUUCUUGGUAUUGAUGAAGAGUUAGGACCUCAACUUUAUAAAUGUGAUCCUGCAGGUCAUUAUGUUGGUUACAAGGCAACAGCUGCGGGUGUGAAGGAAACAGAGGCAAUGAAUUUUCUAGAAAAGAAACUUAAGAAUGCUUCUGGAUUAUCUUAUGAAGAUACUGUGCAGACAGCAAUUUCUGCACUCCAGUCUGUUCUUCAGGAGGAUUUUAAAGCUACAGAAAUUGAGGUGGGUGUUGUUACCAAACAAAGUUCAGAGUUUCGAGUUUUAUCGACAGAAGAGAUUGAUGAGCAUCUGACAGCAAUCAGUGAGCGGGACUAGGUUUUCUGUCUGACAAAUAUCUAUUGUAUUGCCAAAAAAACUGCAUCUCCAAAUGCUUUACUCAUUUCUUCUGAAAAUCCAGCACAGAAGUACCAUAAUGUCAUUGGAGUGCCAAUCUCAUGAAUUUUCCGACAUUUAUUUAUUUUUGUAUCUUGAGUAGUAACUCCAAAUUUUAUUUCCAUACAAUUGAAAAGCAAAUUUUUGAAGGCUUCAUUUUA